AUGCAAACACUGGAGGGCCAUUCUGACUUGGUUGACUCAGUCGCCUUCUCAGGCGAUGGCCAGCUUCUAGCAUCCGGCUCUCGUGAUAAGACUAUCAAGCUAUGGGAUCCUGCCACCGGCGCUCUUAAGCAUACACUGGAGAGCCAUUCUGGCUUGGUUAGCUCAGUCGCCUUCUUAGGCGAUGGCCAGCUUCUAGCAUCCGGCUCCUAUGAUAAGACUAUCAAGCUAUGGGAUCCCGCCACCGGCGCUCUCAAGCAUACACUGGAGGGCCAUUCUGACUUGGUUGACUCAGUCGCCUUCUCAGGCGAUGGCCAGCUUCUAGCGUCCGGCUCCUAUGACAAGACUAUCAAGCUGUGGGAUCCCGCCACCGGCGCUCUCAAGCAUACACUGGAGGGCCAUUCUGACUUGGUUGACUCAGUCGCCUUCUCAGGCGAUGGCCAGCUUCUAGCAUCCGGCUCUGAUGACAAGACUAUCAAGCUGUGGGAUGCUGCCACCGGCGCUCUUAAGCAUACACUGGAGGGCCAUUCUAACUCGGUUCACUCGUCAACGGUUAAAGACGGUAUUAUAGCACUAGGUAGCACAAGUGGCAGAGUUGCUAUAAUUGCGUUCUCAGUCAUGUAA